AUGAGUGAUCUCAUUUCUCGGCUCUUUUCGAGUUUUUCUUCAAACCCACAGGGGGCCAUUCCUCCUUCCCGCGUUCUUUCUCUUCGCCCAUCGCCGAGAGAUGCGGGCCUUACGGUCAUACAUCCUGCCGGAUAUCCUGCAGACGCGCCUCCGUUAUACUCGGUCGUAACCUCGCAGGUCACAAAGCCAAACAUUUUGUUCUUCCGAGGCGGCCCCGAUCCCAGCAGCACGAUCGGCGACGCUCGUUUCCCUUCACUAUCAUCGACUACCAAUAUGUCGCUGCAUGGGCAACCCAUACGUAUGAAGAUGAGCCAGCUGUCUGGCAACUUCACUGUUGAUUGUCCGCCAAUGGGAAGAAUGAAAUGGCACGUCAACAAACUGACGGGCAGUCCGCUGGAACUUCGUGAUAGCUCCGGCGACAUGUUGGCGCAGUUCAAGUCGGCCGGAUUUCCUGGAUCGGGCGAAAAGAAAUUGGAGAUUCUGGUUCCAUGCGAUGACUUUUUUGUCGAACUGGUGGUACUCUCAGGAACGGCAGCAAAGGCAUUGGCGAAAGCCGAAAUUGAUACGGCUUCGGAGGUUGUGCAGGCAGUAGCAGGUGCCUAG